AUGUUUUCCUCGCGCAGAGUCCUACAGUCGCAAUUACGCCUCUUCCAGAACAAACCGCUGUUACCAUGUCGAUACACCCUUCGUCCCUCGAGGAACACCAGUACUGCCGCCCAUGAACCGAUACCUCAACCGUCGCGGUGGCCGCGACGCCUGGCGUACAUUGCGAUUUUCGGUAGCCUUGGGAUUGCUGCCGGAAAGUGGAUGGAUAGGAAGCUUGCACCACCGCCAUUGCCCGAUACAGAGGAAGAUCGCGAAAGACUAGAAGAAAUCCGUUACAUCUACGAACACGGGCUGCCCAUCGUGAAGGAACUUCGAGAGAACCCCGACUAUAUAGAGGCUGAUGUAUACGGCAAUUAUUCGGAGGAAGAUAAAUUACAGAGGCUGAGUUCGGGUCCUUUACGAGGCAGCCGAGGGCUAGCAUUCCAGAGAAUAUUCUAUAAUGAUAAGGAGAAGGAGGCCAUCAAUGUCGCAUAUGUCGGACCGGGAUUAGAAGGAUGGCCGACGGUUGUUCAUGGAGGUGCUCUUGGGACCGUGAUCGAUGAGCAUCUAGCCCGAGUCGCAAUCAGACAUCUUCCACAACGCACUGGAGUUACGGCCAAUCUACAGCUUAAAUACCGUGCGCCGGUGUACUCGGGUAACUUCUACACCUUCCAUGCUACUCUGGACGAGGAACGGAGCACAGAACGCAAGGCAUGGGUGAAGGGAGAAGUACGCGACCCCAUGGGACGGUUGUGUAUCGAGGCUUCCGCCCUCUUUGUAGUCCCCAAGUCCUAUAAGCUUCAAGAGGUUGGAGAACGCUAUUGA